GUAACCGACUUCCUCGCUUGUGCACCUGAGGGACCGACCCUCUUGGGGUCCUUAGGCGAUCUGGGCUCACCACGCCCAGCCACGCCCAACUCCCUCAGCGGCCAGUCAUCUGACCAAUCUGUUGUUGGUCAGGUGACAGCGGCGGAGCGCACUUUGCAGAAGGCGGAAGGCCGGCGGGCGCCAGGCCAGCGGCUGGAGCUGGCAAAAAAGGUCUGGGGCUGUCCUGGUGACAUGCUGCUCCCAGAGGUCCCGAGGCUGGUGCGCAUGCGCUUGGCGCUCCUGCUGCUAUGGCACCUGCUGUCGCUCCUGCCAGGAUGCGGGGCCGCGGACCCCCCGCCCUACGACCCUACGUGGGAGUCUCUGGACAGCCGGCCGCUGCCCUCCUGGUUCGACCAGGCCAAGUUCGGCAUCUUCAUCCACUGGGGAGUGUUCUCCGUGCCCAGCUUCGGGAGCGAAUGGUUCUGGUGGUAUUGGCAAAAGGAAAAGAGACCCAAGUUUGUGGAGUUUAUGAAUGAUAAUUACCCCCCUGGUUUUAAGUAUGAAGAUUUUGGAGUGCUAUUCACAGCCAACUCUUUUAAUGCCUACCAGUGGGCAGAUAUUCUCCAGGCCUCUGGCGCCAAAUAUGUUGUCUUGACCUCCAAACAUCACGAAGGCUUUACCUUGUGGGGUUCACCCUAUUCCUGGAAUUGGAAUGCAGUUGACGAGGGGCCAAAGAGGGACAUUGUCAAGGAGCUUGAGGUGGCCAUCAAGAACAACACCGACUUGCACUUUGGACUGUACUAUUCCCUUUUUGAAUGGUUCCAUCCACUCUUCCUGGAGGACAAAUCCAGUUCAUUCCAAAAGCAGCGAUUUCCCAUUUCUAAGACGUUGCCUGAGCUCUAUGAGUUAGUGAAGAAGUACCAGCCCGACGUCCUGUGGGCAGAUGGAGAUGGGGGAGCACCAGAUCACUACUGGAACAGUACUGGUUUCUUGUCCUGGCUGUAUAAUGAAAGCCCAGUUCGGAAGACAGUGGUCACCAAUGAUCGCUGGGGAGCUGGUUCCAUCUGCCAUCACGGCGGCUUCUAUACCUGCAGCGACCGUUACAAUCCUGGACACCUUUUGCCACAUAAAUGGGAAAACUGCAUGACGAUCGAUCAGUUCUCCUGGGGUUACAGGCGGGAAGCUGGAAUCAAUGAUUAUCUUACAAUUGAAGAGUUGGUGGAGCAACUUGUGGAAACCGUCGCAUGUGGAGGAAAUCUUUUGAUGAAUAUUGGUCCCACACUAGAUGGCACCAUUCCUGUGAUUUUUGAAGAGCGAUUAAGGCAGAUGGGAACGUGGCUCAAAGUCAACGGGGAAGCUAUUUAUGAAACACACCCUUGGAGAUCUCAGAAUGACACUUGCACUCCAGAUGUGUGGUACACAUCUAAACCUGAGAAACAAAGAGUCUAUGCUAUUUUUCUUAAGUGGCCCAUCUCAGGAAAGCUGCUUCUUGGAGAACCUGUGGCUAGUCUUGGGGAGACAGAGGUACAACUACUGGGCCAUGGACAGCCACUGACUUGGACUUCUGCAAAGCCAAAUGGCAUCACUGUGGAGUUGCCACACCUAAGCUUUCAUCAGAUGCCCUGUCAAUGGGGAUGGACUCUCACGCUAACUAAUGUGACUUAACCUGCAGCUAGGAGGUGUGUGCCACAGCACUUGUAACUUGGACAACCACUUGAUCUCAUGCUCGAACAACUGUAACACUUCUCCAACCUCAUCCACUUCUGAACCCCGAGGGACCAUGCGCCCUUCCUGCACAACCAGCCUUGGCUUCGCUGACCUGCAGCUUCCCCUCUCCUUACAGUCUGAGGCUCCCCUUGUGGCCUCUAACCUCUCUCAGCACGUACUUCAUGUUUCCCACCUACGCCUUCUACUUCAUAUCAAUAACCAACUUUCUGAUGCUUCACCAGUUUAGAAACAUUUCCACCAUGUCGCCAGUCAUUGCUGUUCUACAACAGGGUAUAGGAGUCGAAGCCAUCACAGCCACUGAAGAAGGAAGAGCUAAGGCCAGGGCGAGAGCCCAGUGAGAAAAGGUGCCUGCUGCCAGCCCUAACAACCACGUCUGAUUUCCAGGACCCACAUUAUAGGAGACAAUCAGCUCCUGAAAACUGCCCCGUCACACAGACAAACGAGUACAAUUAUGAAGAUUCUUUUUUUUUUUUCCAGACAGGGUCUUACUAUGUAGUCCUGGCUGGACUAGAACUACUGCGAUUCUAGACCCAACUACUGAAAUUCUUUAUCACCACUGGGGAAAUAACUAGUUCUUUGCUAAGUACAGGUUACAUUGGCAAUUCAUUAGUUUGAAUUACCUUGGCUACAACUGGAAUUUAUUUUUAAGGUAACAUUUAUAUUGUUUUAAGAGUAAACCUUCCUGCUCUGAGCACUCCAGACGCUCACCAUUAUAACGAAUUAUCCUUUUCUGCACAAUAAAGAAGGGUCCUCGAGAACCAGGCAAAAAUGCCUUGUUAGGCCUAGGCUAAGAAUUCCAUUAGAAACCCCACAUCUACAUUACACGUCAAUUACUGUUUCCUUAAAUUUUAGCAGGCACAUUUAUAAUCAAUCAGCACUGAUUUAGUAAUCCAUUAUUUUCAAGUGUGAUAUAAAACCAGAGGUUCUUAAAGAGUGAGGAGCCUGAUAUGAAACAAAGAAUCCUUGUAUCAAAGUGAUAGACACAAUGAAACUACAAGGUAACUUCCAACAACAUGAAUCCAUUAUGUAGCAAUCAAUAGUCAGAAUGGACAAACAUUACUAAUAAUUGAAUCAACUAGGUAUUUCAAAUUCCAUAAUAAUGUAAAAUGAAAAUAUUUAAGCAUUUUUGGAAAUAAUUAUUGGAAUAUAAAUUAAAUAUGACCAUAUGGAAAUAAUUCAAACAAUCUACAAGAAUGCCUGGUUAUCACCAUCAUCAGACCAUUUAAUUAAUACAGUCCAAUAGUGACUACAUUAUCAGCUUUUUAUUUGAAAGAAUUUUCAAAAAUGGAUUUUGACUUAAUAAAGAGGUAGUUUCACCAUGUAAACACUUCAUUGUAGUGGCAAAGGCAUGGGAGAAACAAGCAAGUUUCAUUAUUAAACUCAGAAGGAACUCUUGUCAAUGAAGAAGUCAUUGGUUUAGAAGAGUUUAAUUUGCUGAAAACUCAGGGUACAAUUUAUCAUUUAAGAUUCUUUUUAUCUGGUACAAAAAUUUAACUAUAUCUAAAUCAUCACAUUUUACGAGCAUUUGUUCAUAUUAUACUGUCUUAUACACUAUCUUACCUAUUUAUGGAGUUACCAUGUUGCAGGUCCUGUUCAGUGGGCCGAAAGAAUUCUGCCAUGUUGUCUAGAAGCCGACUGAAGCCUCUGUUUAAACAGGUAUUCAAAACUGUACUAAAAUCUGGACUAGAUAAAAUAAGACGUAUAUUACUUUUUAGAUUCCCAGUGGACAAAGAAAACAAAUUUAAUAACUAUGUGGUUACCUUUCAGAAUCAUUAACAUUUCUAGUUACAGUCUAGUUUUCAUAGCAUGAAAACUGUCUAAAUUUAUCAGUUUUUCAAAAUUCAGCAUAAAAGCCAGUUGUAUUGUUUAGCCUGACAUGAUGAGAUUAUUCAC